AAGUCACAGACACAAAACACUCACUCUCUCUUCUUCAGUUCAUUUCUCUCUGCCUCUCUCAGUCUCACCUCUCAACUCUCACAGUGAAACCGUGAAAGAAGCCGUAGGCCCCUAGCCGCCGGCCGCACUCGGCACUCCGCCUCUCUCCUCAGUCCUCCUCGCACGUCCGCCUCCGCCAAGCUCCUCAGUCUUCAGUCGUCCUCGCACCUCUGCCCUCCGCCGGCCGCCGCUCGGAUCAGUCCAGCUAUUCCCAGUCUUGGAUCGGGGCGAUCGGCACAAAGAGAUACUAGGGUGAGAUUGUUUAGGUGUAGAAGAUGAACCCUUCAGCUGUAGCCUCUUCAAAGCAGAAAGCUGGUGCCUCACAGCCUUCAGAAACUUCAUAUAAGCGCAAGCGAGGAGUUUUUCAGAAAGAAUUGCAGCAUAUGAUGUAUGGUUUUGGAGAUGAUCCCAAUCCUCUUCCAGAGAGUGUGGCACUUAUGGAGGACAUAGUUGUGGAGUAUGUGACAGAUUUGGUUCAUAAAGCACAAGAUAUUGGUUCCAAGAGGGGAAAGCUAUCAGUUGAGGACUUUCUUUACUUAAUCCGCAAGGACUAUCCAAAACUCAACCGCUGUACAGAGUUGUUAUCAAUGAACGAGGAACUGAAACAAGCUAGGAAAGCUUUUGAGACAGAUGAAGAGAAGCUAAGGAAGGCUUUUGAGGCAGACGAAGAUCAAAAGUUGACGUCAACAGAGUGAAUAUACUUGUGUUCUCGUAGGUUCAUGAUUGGUAAAUGAUAAAAUUCCAUUUAAUUCUUCUGCCAUAGCUGAAACUUCAACUCGAUUCUUAUCGCAUCUGCCCGAUGAAAUUGUUGGCUUCUAUUUCCUUAAGAUUAGGAGCACUUUCAUGAUUCUAGGCUCAUAUUGAUGUAAGAUGCAUAAAAUCUUUUUUUUUUUUUUUUUUUC